AUGACAGAACUAGGGAGUUUUGUAGGCUCCCAGAUGCUGCACUUCGACAGCCCUGAGAAUCCAGAGAUUUCACAGACAUUCAUCUGUCGUUUCUGUCGGACCGUGGAUUCUUCCCAGAAUGCCUACAACGAGGACACGUCUGCCCUGGUGGAACGCCUGGACUACCUGGAGAGAGCGCUGUUUAGGGCGGGGCAGAGUGGCCUCAACAGCUUCCAGAGCUGGGAGGGGGGCCACGCAUCAACCCUCAUGGCCUCCAGSKUGGUGCUCAACUACCGCAAGAGGAUGAUGGCUGAUCUGCAGCCCUGA